AUGUGUUGCCGCUUUUGGCUGCUGCUGAGCUCAGUCUCGAUUGCUCUGGCGCUCUACGAGCAAUGCAAUCAUCAGCUGGAGCUGCUGGCAGGCCACAAGAUCUAUAUCAAUUCACCUUAUUAUCCUGGACUGUAUCCAGCAGGCAGCUCCUGUCGCUAUGCCGUGCAGGCGCCCAAGGAUCAUGUGCUCAACUUUAAGUGUGAGCUACAAUUGCAGACGACUACUAGAGACACGCGCUGCCGUUCCGAGGUGUUUCAUUUUAAUGCCGAUGGCGACGAGUUGCUGACGAGCUCCGAAUACUUUUGUGGCAGCGGAAAGUUUGAACGUCAAAGUUUUCUGAAUCGUGCCGUCAUUUCGUACAUUUCACAGCGGAAGGAGGCGGCGGUGACGCCAGCGCUGGUGGCAAAGUUAAGGGAUAAGCCCUCAACGCGAAUUACAAGCACCACAACCAGUACAACAACCAGCACAACGACAAGCAGGCCAGAGACGGAGCAGGAGCAGGAGCAGGAUGAUGAGUUUUCCAACGAGGUGCUGAACGUGCUGCAGGAUGUGGGCGUGAGCGAUGCCUUGGCUUAUGUCGCCUCGCUGCUCUCCAACAAUGCACGCUCAAUUGGCACUAGCCGGAGCACUGCAAAGACUUCCGCCAAACGUGGCCGCAUUGUGUCCGCUUAUGCGCCCGCUGGGACGCCGGGAAAUGGACGCUUCUCUUGCCUGGUGGAGGCCCAACGGCCUAGCUGCAACUGUGGCUGGAGUUUGACGCCACGCAUUGCCAGUCCCACCAAUGAUGAAGCAGCGCUGCAUGAGUUUCCGUCCAUGGCGGGCGUGCUGACCAAGCGACUGGGCAAAGUUUUCUGCGGCGCAGCAAUCAUUCAUCAUCAUUAUCUGCUGAGCGCUGCUCACUGCUUUCUAAGCUCGGAAACUGCACGCGCCGAUCUCUUGCGCAUUGUUGUGGGCGAGCACGACUUGUCAGUUGGCUAUGAGACGCUCUUUACACGCCGCUACGAUCUGGAGUCCUUGAUCAUACACGAGCAGUUCAGCCACAAUAAUGGACAACUGCGCAACGAUAUUGCGCUGCUACGCACACGUCUGCCCAUGCUCUGGAAUCGCAGCGUUGGACCCGCCUGUCUGCCGCUGCAGCCGGCGCCGAAUGGCAAGAAGCUGCCGUUGGUGGGUGAACAGCUGCUCGCUGCUGGCUGGGGCACCACCUCGUAUGGCGGCCCGCAAACGCAUCGUCUGCUCAAGACCACGCUGGAUGUCAUCAGCUUGGAGCAGUGCCGCAAUUCCAUUGUAGGUGGCGCUGUGCCAGCGCACAGCUUCUGCACUUACACGCCAGGACGCGACACCUGCCAGUAUGACUCUGGGGGAGCUUUGUAUGAGCGUAAGAAUGGACGCAUGAUGGCUGUGGGCAUUGUUAGCUAUGGUUAUGCCUGUGCCACGCAGCAGCCUUCGGUUAAUACGCGCGUGGCCAGCUACAUUAAGUGGAUCAGAGCGAAGACGCCGGAGGUUGCCUAUUGCCUGAAGGAAAUUUAA